AUGAUUGCGACGUCCCUUGGUCUUCCGUGGACCUUUCACAGUACUGAGUGCGACACUGUCGAAGAAGUUGCAGCGCUUGCACGAAAGUCAUCCACUGCUGGUCUCGUCGUGACCAUGCCAUACAAAAACACUGUAAUGCCACUUCUUGACGAGCUAGACGACCUGGCGACGACUAUCGGAGCUUGCAACAACAACUACCGCCGGGAUGGCAAAAUUGUUGGGACAAAUACAGACUGGCGUGGCAUCAAGGGAUGUCUACUAGAGAAAGGAGACGAGAGCUCUCGGCCACGUCCUAGCCGCACGGCAUCAGCUCUGGUUAUUGGGGCCGGAGGCGCUAGCCGCGCAGCCGUUUAUGCCCUCAGCAGCCACCUUAGUUGUCCCACGAUAUAUGUAUUAAAUCGCGAUGUUGCGGAGGUGGAGGCGCUCAACACCGAUACACAGAAGAUGGCUGUUACUCCCAAAAUCAUCCACGUCAAGUCUUUGGAGGAGGCCGAAAGCUUGGAAGCGCCGUAUUACAUUGUUGGUACCGUGCCAGACUUUGAACCGCAAACGAAAGCCGAGAAAGACGUAGCCGUGAUCCUAGAGCGUUUCCUCUUGAGUGAUAGCAAGGGCGUACUGCUUGACAUGUGCUUCAAACCUCGACGUACCAGAAUGAUCAAGCUUGCAGAGAAGCUUGGAUGGCCAGUUGUAGAGGGAACUCACGUUAUUGGCUACCAGAUUCAGGAACAAUGGAGGCUCUGGGCUGGAGACGAGCGAGCUUCUCGCCUGGACGAGAAAGCUGCUUGGAAAACUCUCUUGGAUGCAGCAGAAGAGAGUACAGCUAUAAACUUCUGA